UAUAUGCGAAGCGAGCGGUGCGGCGCUCGCGUCAGUACCGUGAACGCUUCAAAACAAAAUCGUGUUCGGUAGAAAGUUUCUUCAUUUGUGAUUGAAAUGAUCGAGGAACACGACGAGCACGAAACAAUAUGCGACUCAGUGAAUUCGCUGGUGGAAGGCUGCCGUUUACCAGUCAGAAUGCAUGGAACGGAUGAUUGGCCUCUUGCUGAAAUCAUCAGUGUUAAAGAAGUACAUGGUGUCAAGUGUUAUUAUGUUCACUAUGUAGAUUUCAAUAAACGAUUAGAUGAAUGGGUUACGGAAGAUUGUUUGGACACUCGAAAAGUCCAAUACCCUCGUCGAGAUGGAACCACACCAGGAACUGGUGCAGCAACGCCAAAAAAACAAGUACCCAGUAGACCACCUAGCCCUAGUAGCCUUUGUAAUGAACCAGUCAAUGGUUCUGCAGUUUUGCAAGCUGCAUUACAAAAGAAAAUGUCUAGAAAGAGAAAGGCCACAUUUAUAGAAAAUGAUGAUUCUCAGGAUGGUCCACCGCAAACACCUGGUCCAAGGCCAACUGGUUCAUUGGUGGCGCAUCAUCAUGACGAUAUAGUUACUAGAAUGAAAAAUGUUGAACUGAUAGAAUUGGGUCGUCAUAGAAUAAGACCUUGGUAUUUCAGUCCAUAUCCGCAAGAGAUGGUACAUUUACCAUGUAUAUACAUUUGUGAAUUCUGUUUGAAAUAUAGAAAAAGUCGAAAAUGUUUAGAACGACAUUUAGCAAAAUGUAAUUUAAGACAUCCACCUGGUAAUGAAAUAUAUAGAAAAGGGUCAAUAUCUUUUUUUGAAAUUGACGGUCGAAAAAACAAAAAUUACGCACAAAAUCUAUGUCUAUUAGCAAAAUUAUUUUUGGAUCAUAAAACGCUAUAUUAUGACACAGAUCCAUUCUUAUUUUAUAUAAUGACAAAUUUUGAUAGUAGAGGGUACCAUAUAGUUGGUUACUUCUCGAAGGAGAAAGAAUCGUCCGAAGAUCACAAUGUAGCUUGUAUACUUACACUGCCACCGUAUCAAAGAAGGGGUUACGGAAAAUUAUUAAUAGAAUUUUCAUACGAAUUAUCCAAAUUCGAAGGUAAAACAGGUUCACCUGAAAAACCAUUGUCGGAUUUGGGAUUAUUAUCUUAUAGAAGUUAUUGGGCUCAUACUAUAUUGGAUAUUCUAUUGAAUGUAAAGCCAUUAGUAGAAAAUGAAAAACCACAAAUCACGAUAAGUGAGAUAUGCGAGCUGACGUCGAUUAAAAAAGAAGACGUGAUAUCGACGCUACAAAAUUUGAAUCUUAUUAAUUACUACAAAGGACAAUAUAUUGUGACAUUGAAUAGGGAGAUUAUCGAGCAACACACAGCCGCAAUGGAAAAGAGGCAAAUCAGAAUAGAUCCUAAGUGUCUUCAUUGGACACCAAAAGACUGGAGUGUUAGGGCAAAAUGGUGAAGUGGCAUUCAAAAUUGACAAUAAGACUAUGCUAAUUUGUCUUAAAGUUGUUUUCAGGAUUCCUGGAAGUGUGACUAAUUGUACGUAAACUGUACAUAAUACAUCGACCAUUCGGUCUGCGUUUUUUAAAUAAGACUGUAUAAGGCUUUGCACGCGACGCCAAUGGUCAAAAACGACAAAAUGAAAAAAAAAAAAAACAGUGAUAAACAUUUUCAUGAAAGCACUAUGUACCUCGGUUACACAGCGCAUCGAUGAAUCACAGUUAGCGAUAUUUGACGUGAUAAGAAAGAAGUAUUUCUGUUAAAUAUAUAAUACUGGCUUGCGUCUAGAGUCAGGAGCAAUGUUUUAAUAUGGUGACUAGACUUUUUUAAAAAGUUCGCAUACGUUCUUGCGAUUAAACGAUUUGUACAGGAAAUAUAAAUCGGUCUUGUAGAAUUGUAAAUAAAUCUGAUUUUAUAA